AUGACACCACAAAACAAUCAAGCAGACCCAACGUUCCGCAAUUACACGGCAUCCUCGGCACAAGCGUACGCCAAAAACCGUCCCGGGUACCCGGACGAACUGAUCUCACUGGUCAUCGAGAACCACACGUCUACAGGAGGCCAACUCGACGUCCUUCUCGAUCUGGGAUGUGGCCCCGGCACCGCGACGAGGUCUCUGGCGCCGUACUUUCAACACGCCAUCGGCGCCGAUCCGGGCGAAUCCAUGAUCGCGACGGCGCGCACCAUCCCCUGCCCCACGGCGUCAGGGGAACCGACGACGUUUGAAGUGUGUGCCUCCGACGCCAUCAGCUCUCUUGACGCUCUGAAAAGAUAUUCUUCUGUUGGUGGUGGUGGUGGUGGUAGUAGUAGUAGUGAGACGGUCGACCUGAUCACUGCAGGCACUUCGGCUCACUGGUUUGACUAUCCGGCUUUCUACAUCGAGGCGUCCAAGAUCCUCAAGCCGGGAGGCAGCAUCGUCAUGUGGUGCACAAAGGGGUACUUUCUCGACGAACGCACGACGCCCAACGCCAAGAAACUCCAGGCGCUGUGGCAGGACUUUGAGCACGUCGUCCUCAAGCCCCACGAGAUGCCAGGGAACAGACUCACGCGCGAGUUGUACGCGAGUCUUCCCCUGCCGUGGAGCGAGUAUCCCGAUGCCGCCGCCGCCGUCGCCGACGCCGACCACAACCGCGGGGAGAGCAAUAAGGCGCGGCCGCUGAGGCUGCUCGACGAGUUUCCAAAGGACGAGUUCAAGAGACAGGUGUUCAACGACAACGGAGAGAUCGGGCCCGACGGCAAGUUCCUGAUGAGUCGCCGCGCGACCUUCGAGCGGGCGACCGCCACGCUGGGCACGGCGAGCCCCGUGACGCGCUGGCGCGAGGCGCACAAGGAGCAGCUCGAAAGGGGCGAGGUCGAGGACCUGGUCGAUAAGUUGCUCAGGCAAACCAGGGAGCUGUUGGACGAGGUCCCCGAGGGUAGAGGGAGGGAUUGGCUCGAGGGUGGGUCGGCCGUGGUUGUUAUGACUAUCAAGAAGAAGAAGAAGAAGAAGACGAGUGUCUAG